AUGGCUACAAGUCUAGUCCGAGGGCUAAAUGCCAUACCGUGGAGAGCUCGGAUCAGUCGUCUUCAGCAGCUACAGCGACAGUCCAGCACAAAGACAGAUACUGAAUUUGGAAGAGAUGGGCCGACCGCUGUAGUCUUCAUGAACAUGGGCGGCCCUGGUCAUCAGGGAGAAGUUCGAGACUUUUUGCAUAGCCUCUUUUCAGACGGAGACAUCAUUCCCUUCGGACGGUUUCAAAAGAUAUUUGCGGAUAUCAUCACCAGACUCAGAACAUCGAAGAUCCGGAAGCAAUAUGCAGAGAUCGGUGGUGGUUCUCCUAUACGCAGAUGGUCUGAGUUGCAAGCACGAGAGACUUGCAGAAUUCUGGACAAUACGUCGCCUUCUUCAGCACCGCAUCUGCCAUAUGUUGCAUUUCGGUAUGCUCAUCCUUUGACCGAAGACGUGUACUUCAAGCUCCUCGAAGAUGGAUUUGGCAAACGGGGUAGAGUGAUUGCUUUCUCACAGUAUCCGCAAUACUCAUGUGGAACGACUGGUAGUUCAAUCAAUGAAUUGUUCAGAUGUCGAGAAAAGUUCGAGAGCCCUGGAUCUCGCAUCGAUUGGAGUAUUAUCGAUCGUUGGCCUGCUCAUCCGAAGUUUGUGAAAGCUGUUGCGCGCAAUAUCAAAGCCGGUCUUGCAACGUAUCCCACCGAGAAGAGGAAGGAUGUUACAAUCAUCUUCUCGGCACACAGUCAGCCCAUGCGUGCGGUGAACCAAGGCGAUGCGUAUUCGUCAGAGGUUUCUGCCACAGUGUAUGCAGUGAUGCAGCAUCUCUGCUUUUCCAACCGAUACCGCUUGUGCUGGCAAUCGAAAGUAGGACCUCAGCCCUGGUUAGGUCCGCAGACCAGCGAAGUCGUAGAAAAAUUCAUCGAGAAGAGAGAGACACACUUACUUCUGGUUCCCAUUGCUUUUACAUCUGAUCAUAUCGAAACGCUUUACGAACUCGACGAGGAACUGAUCGGUGAGUCAGGACAUGAGGAAACCAUCAAGAGAGCUGAGAGCUUGAACGACAGUCCCUUGUUCAUCGAAGCGCUUGCAGACAUGGUCAAGGAGCAUAUAGAUGGUGGGGAGAGGUCUUCCCGUCAGUUUGGGAACAGGUGUUUCGACUGUCGGAAGGAUGUUUGUAGGGAUGCUCGAGAGAUGUUCACUGGUGGUGCUGUAGCCUGCCUGAGUGCUGACAAGUAG